CGCGAGCCCUCGUAUGCAAAGUCCGCAUACCAGGAGCAGGGGUUUCGCCGUUGGUGGACAUGACCUAGGCAAAGUAGCCGAUAAAAGGACGAUACGAUACGUACGGAUAAACCAAUGCUUUUAGCACCUGCAUCUCACCAUUCGCAUUCGGAGACAUCGCCGUUGCAACGCAGGGUGGGCGGAAUCCCCGCAUCCAUCAAUCGAUAUCUUUCUCUUGCCACUAGUAGUUUGGCGUCCUGUUUCACAAGCCCAGGUCGUGUGUUCCCCACGGGCUCUGGGAACUGCUACUAUCUUAUUGCUGCAUGACACCGCGCAGUCCUCACCGUCGAGCCUGGGUCAACAUGGACGACUUGUCGCACACGCAAACGCGCGACACGAUGCUAAAGGAUCCUAACUUCUCCGCUGAGGACUUCGAGUACGACUCUGCGCCCGGCGCAUCCCGGUACAGAGAUGGCCCUACUAGAGGCGAGGUUGUCGAUUUAGACUCAGAGGGCGAGGUGCGCAGGCGCUGGCAGACGCCGUGGGGAAAGAGCUUUAGGACUCGCAGGCACAGACGGAGUUACAGUCAUGAGCACUACAAGGUGUAUAAGAGACGGUGGAUUGGGUUGGCGCAGCUGGUACUGCUGAAUAUAGUCAUCAGUUGGGACUGGCUGACAUUUGCACCCAUUUCUACUACUUCAGCACUCUACUUCGGUGUACCGGAGUCGACUAUCAACUGGCUCUCUACCGCUUUUCUUCUCUCCUUCGCCGUCUCAUGCCCUUUCACCAUCUACCUCUUGCAUCGCGGCCCCAAACCGGCCAUCAUCGCCGCCUCUGUCUUGCUUCUAGCGGGUAACUGGAUCAGGUAUGCGGGCACGGUGGCAAAUGGCGGCAUGUUCGGGGUCGUCAUGGUAGGCCAGAUUCUAACGGGUCUGGCGCAACCGUUUGUGUUGGCGGCACCAACACGAUACAGCGACAUGUGGUUUACCGAGUCCGGACGAGUGGGAGCCACGGCGUUGGCAAGCAUGGCGAAUCCCCUCGGUGGAGCCGUCGCAUCCCUCGUAAACCCAGAACUAGGUUCCCUCCCCACCACCGUCCUCAUAGUCUCCAUCGUCGCCUCUGUAGCAUGCAUCCCCUCCCUCUUCAUCCCCGCCGCACCCCCCACUCCCCCCACCGCCUCCUCCACCGUCGCCAAAACCCCCAUCGUAGAUUCCCUCCGCCUCAUGCUCCGCACCCCCGCCUUCUACAUUGUCUUCCUCACCUUCGGCGUCUACGUCGGCCUCUUCAACGCCUUCUCCAGCCUCAUGAACCAAAUCCUGUAUCCAUACGGCUACUCCGAGGACGAAGCCGGCAUCUGCGGCGCCGUCCUCAUCAUAACGGGUCUCGUCGCUUGUGCGAUUGUCAGUCCCAUUGUAGAUCGCACGCAUGCCUACCUGAGCGCCGUCAGGAUCUUAACCCCGCUCGUUGCAAUUGCGUACCUAGCAUUCAUCUGGGCGCCGCAAACGCGCACAAUUGCCGCGCCAUAUAUCCUUAGUGCUGCCCUGGGCGCAGCCUCGUUUUCUCUGCUCCCUGUUGCGCUUGAGUUCCUCGUUGAAAUCACAUUUCCUGCGAGUCCAGAAGUUAGUUCCACGAUCUGCUGGGUUGGUGGCCAGAUCAUCGGGGCUGUCAUCAUUAUUGUUAUGGAUGCGUUGAAGGAUUCACGGCCGGUGGAUUUGGAGCUGGUGAGGAAGCUGGGGAGGGGGACACAGGGGUCGGUUGGGGAUAGGCCGCCCGGGAAUAUGUUCAAUGCGCUUGUUUUUCAGGCGGUGCUUGCGUUGGCGGUUUUGCCGCUGCCGCUCGCGCUUGGGUGGAAGAGAGUUGGGUUGGGGGUUACUGAGGGUAGGUUGUCGAGGGAUGUGGAUGGGGAUGUGGUGGAGGAUCAGCGUGCGUAGGUAGUAUGGAGGCUUGUUCAACUCGUGAUCCUGAGCACGAUAACGAUGAUGAUGAUAAUGGGUCAUUCUCUUCAUAGGGCCUUGUACGUGUCAGCGAGUCUGUGCCAUAGAAUCAUGGAGGAAAGCGAGAAUCGGGGUUUUCUUGUGUUGUGCCCGAGUCUCCUUAUUUAAUCCUUUCUGAUAUGCCAAUCAUUAUCCGUAGAUAUCAGCACUACAGAUCUGUUGCCGGAUUUCUCAGUCAAUCAGUAGAAC